UUACCACUGGCAUCUCUGGAAAAAAACCUACGGAAAACACUAUCAGGAAAAGAAUGAAGAACAAGUACGGCGGCUCAUCUGGGAGAAAAAUCUAAAGUUCGUGAUGCUUCACAACCUGGAACAUUCAAUGGGAAUGCAUUCCUAUGAUCUCGGCAUGAACCACCUGGGAGACAUGACCAGUGAAGAAGUGCGGUCUUUGAUGAGCUCCCUGAGAGUUCCCAGACAAUGGCUCAGAAAUGUCACUUACAAAUCAGACCCUAAUCAGAAACUGCCGGAUUCUGUGGACUGGAGAGAAAAGGGCUGUGUUACUGAAGUGAAAUACCAGGGUGCCUGUGGUUCCUGCUGGGCUUUCAGUGCGGUGGGGGCCCUGGAAGGACAGCUGAAGCUGAAAACAGGAAAGCUGGUAUCUCUCAGUGCACAGAACCUGGUGGACUGUUCAACUGAAAAAUAUAGAAAUAAAGGCUGCAGCGGUGGCUUCAUGACGGAGGCCUUCCAGUAUGUCAUCGAUAACAAUGGCAUUGACUCAGAAACUUCCUAUCCCUACAAAGCCACGGAUGAAAAAUGCCAUUAUGAUUCAAAAAAUCGUGCUGCCACAUGUUCACGUUACACAGAACUUCCCUACGGCAGCGAAGAAGCCCUGAAAGAAGCCGUGGCCAACAAAGGACCAGUGUCUGUUGCUGUUGAUGCGAGCCGCCCUUCGUUCUUCCUCUACAAAAAUGGUGUCUACGAUGACCCCUCCUGUACUCAGAAUGUGACUCAUGGUGUACUAGCAGUUGGCUAUGGUAACCUUAAUGGGAAAGACUACUGGCUUGUGAAAAACAGCUGGGGUCUCUACUUUGGUGAUCAAGGAUAUAUUCGGAUGGCAAGAAAUAAAGGAAAUCAUUGUGGGAUCGCUAGUUAUAGCUCUUACCCAGAAAUCUAGAAGAUCUCUUCAUUUUAUAACAAGUCAAGGAGAUGAAAAAGUCUCUCUUAAUCUUAUCUGCUGUAUCCAGAAGAAAUGUGGGGCCAGGGAUUUAGCUCAGUGGUUUUGCCGCCUGCUGCUCAAGCACAAUGACCCGAGUUCAAUCCCCAGUACCAAAAAACCCCCCAAAAAACAGAAGAAAUGUGUCAUGAUCAGUGUACAUUUCUCAUACUAAUUACAAAAUACAGUUUGCCUCUUCACUUUAUAACAUUGCAUAUCUCUAAAAAGUUUGCAAAGUAAAUUAAUAAUGUACUAUAUGAGAAUGUAUUCUCAAAUGUAAAUAUGAGAAUUAAUUUACCUGGGACUAUCUGUCAUGUUUGUCAUUUUUGAUACUCUGUAAGUCUUCUAAUAGGCUUUUGUAACUUCAUGGGCUAAUAGAGCUCAAUAAAUCUAUCAUCUCAAAUUUCUAACACUGUCACAUAUUCUUUUCAAGUUAUGCUUUGGUAACUGUUAGACUUUCUCAUGAAAAUGUUAGUUGUGGUACACUAGUGAUGGGUUAUGGAAACUGUGAUGGAAAAUAUUAGGUUAUAAAUAUCCUGAGGGCAUAUACUGCAUCAUUGUACAUAAAAGGAUUCAAUAAAUGUUUUUAAAUUAAA